UAUAAAACGUCCUUUGCGAUUACGCGCGUCAUAUGAACUGGGCGGUGACUUAAGGUCACGUAUAUCAAAAAUGGAUAAAAGUUCUACUUCUCAGGGUCGGGUUCGUUACAAAAGUCUCAGUGGUGAGAAGUAUAUGGUUGUCUGGGACAAUAGCAAGGGUACUGAAAGUCCAUCCUCAUUUCUACAUGUUGAAGAAUUAUCUGAUCCAGAUAAAGCUUAUAGAAUAUUUUUAAAAAAUCAUACCUGUUAUGAUUUAAUCCCAUUGAGUGCUAAACUGGUGGUUUUUGAUGUCACCUUAAAUGUGAAAAAAGCAUUUUUUGCUCUCGUUUAUAACGGCGUACGUGUUGCUAUCUUAUGGGAUUCAACUGAACAAAAACAUAUUGGCAUGCUGACAAUUACCGAUUUUAUACGUAUCCUACACCAGUAUUAUCGUUCACCGGAUCAACCAAUGACUGAGUUAGAAAAACAUCAGAUUAAAACAUGGAGAGAUCAAUUAACAGAAUACCAACGUUCAUUGGUUUAUAUUACACCUGAAAGUACUCUACUAGAUGCUGUUCGUAUGCUACUCAAGCAUAAAGUACAUCGUCUACCGGUGAUUGAUUCUGCCAGUGGGAAUCCUUUACAUAUAUUGACGCAUAAACGUGUUCUUAAGUAUCUACAUAUUCAUAUAUCUGAGUUACCGACGCCUUCUUUUAUGCUGAAAAAACUACGUGAUUUAAAUCUUGGUACAAUGAAAAAUGUUUGUAUUGUUCAGCAGAACUGUCCAGUGCAUAAGGCGCUACAGCAUUUUAUUGAUCGUGGAGUUUCAGCGCUGCCUGUCGUCGAUCAAGAUGGACAACUCGUGGAUAUCUAUGCAAAAUUUGAUGUCAUUAAUUUGGCAGCUACAAGAACAUAUCAAAAUUUAGACAUUACAGUAUAUGAAGCUUUAAAUUAUCGACGUGGAGUAAGUCACUUAACAGAUUGA